AAAAAUAAAAACUUAAAAACGAAAAAGAAAAACAGCGGAAUAAGGAAUAGCAUUCUCCCUCUUUUAAUCGGAAACUUGUCAAAACCCAAAAGCUUUAAACUUGAUCAAUACGACACCCUAAUUUCCGUUAGUAAAACCCUCCACGGCAUCCACUCCUUCACCACUAACAAGUUAACAACAGUUCCUUCUCUUUCUUUCCACCGGAAAAUCAAUACCCUAGCGACUGAUUCUCGCGCUCCAUGGAUGCGCGUCGCGCCUCACGAACCGUGAUCGACCCCAAGGUCCGCCAAGUCGGCUUCUUCACCCCUAACGCCGAAACCGCACCCAGUCGGACCCUGUCCGGUCCGGUAAUCACGAGCUCACCUCCUCUCUCCGAAUCUCCGGCGAGCAACUCCCUCUAUCCCGUCAUGAUCCCUCCGUCGCGUCACCUUUCCGAUACCGUCGCGAUCCGUACGGCCGCCUUGCCGGUGCCAGAAUCGGCGUCACGGCGCAAGGAAGCCGGGGAGCGCGUGCCGGUGGGCAGCUACAACCCCUCGGAGUCGAUGUUAGGUACCUCGCCUUCUAGUCGGGUUGGAGAUGCGUCACUCGAGUUCUCGGACGAGUCAUCGGUCCGAUGGUAUCGGCGGAGCGACUCCGGAAAGUUGGCUUCGAGUUUUCCCGGCGAAGGAUUCGACUCGGCCACAGUGAAAGCUCCUCUUGAAGUUCCUGAAAAGAGCGGAGAGGAGGUUUCAAAGGAGCAAAAGGAAGUUCCAUCAAAUUCAGAACCCUUGAAGUCCAAGACAACAACAAAAGCUGAAAGGCGUGCCUUGCAGGAGGCUCAACGCGCUGCAAAAGCUGCUGCUAAAGCUGAGGGGAAAAAACCUGCUGCUGUAUCUCGGGGUGGGGCUCCUGGUAAACCUGCAAAGCAGUCUGUGCAAAAGAAGGAUCCUCCUCCAGUUGCGUCUUCGGUGGCUGCUUCUGACAAGAAGGGGGGCGAUCGACCACCAGAGAAAGAAAGGAAGAAAGAUGUUCCUCCUCCACGUAUGCAGUUUGAUGAUAAGAACCGAGUGGAUAAGGCAAAAAGGCGUGCAGUGGUCAAUCAGACUGAAGCUAAAAACAGAGUUGAAUUGUUCCGGCAUUUGCCUCAAUAUGAACAUGGAACUCAACUUCCUGAUCUUGAGUCAAAGUUUUUCCAACUUGAUCCUAUGCAUCCUGCCAUUUAUAAGGUUGGACUGCAGUAUUUGGCUGGAGAAAUAUCUGGGGGUAAUGCUCGUUGUAUCGCAAUGCUUCAAGCGUUUCAGGAAGCCAUUAGAGACUACACCACACCUCCAGAGAAAACCCUUGUCAGAGAUUUAACAGCAAAAAUUAGUAGUUAUGUCUCAUUUUUCAUUGAAUGCAGGCCACUUUCGAUUAGCAUGGGAAAUGCAAUCAGGUUUCUGAAGAGUCGUAUUGCCAAAUUGCCCUUGACUCUAUCUGAAUCUGAAGCGAAAUCUACACUUUGUUCAGAAAUUGACCGUUUUAUAAAUGAGAAGAUAAUACUUGCGGAUAAGGUGAUAGUUAGGCAUGCUGCUACGAAGGUCAGGGACGGGGAUGUUCUUCUCACAUAUGGAUCAUCGUGUGUUGUUGAGAUGAUUCUGCUAUAUGCCCAUGAACUCGGGAAACAGUUCCGUGUUGUGGUAGUAGACUCGCGUCCAAAGCUUGAAGGCCAAGCAUUACUUCGUAGGCUGGUGGCAAAGGGUCUGAGUUGUACAUAUACUCAUAUAAAUGCUGUGUCUUAUAUCAUGCAUGAAGUAACACGAGUGUUUUUGGGAGCUGCCUCGGUAUUGUCUAAUGGAACUGUAUAUUCGAGAGUAGGAACUGCUUGUGUUGCUAUGGUUGCUCAUGCAUUUUGUGUUCCAGUCUUAAUUUGCUGUGAAGCUUAUAAGUUUCAUGAAAGGGUACAGCUUGAUUCAAUUUGCUCUAACGAACUAGGUGACCCAGAUGCUAUUGCGAAGGUUUCUGGAAGAACUGAUGUAAAUUAUCUGGAUAAUUGGGCUAAUAAGGAAAAUCUGCAACUUCUGAAUUUAAUGUAUGAUGCUACUCCAUCAGAUUAUAUAUCUAUGAUUGUCACAGAUUACGGCAUGAUUCCACCCACAAGCGUGCCUGUCAUUGUGCGCGAAUAUGGGAGAGAGCACUUAUGGACAUAGGAAACUUUAAAGCAGAGCGACGUUGGAGGAAGAAAAAUAGUUACAUGUUCUGUGGUAGGAUUCAUUUUACAGGCCGGUGGUUGUCAUGCACGGGGGAAUAAAACUUGAUUUUUUUGUAAACAUUUGAUAAGGAGCUCCUGCGAAAUGAAACAUUAAUUUUGGGGUUGAAAGACGCAGAGGUAGCUGGGUUUAAAAUUUUGUUGGUAAAUACGACUCAGUGAAGAGUGCAUUGUAUAGCCUCUCCUGACAGUUGUGGAGGUGGUUUCAUGUAUCACGUAUGUUUUGGAAUAUCUUGUUGCAUUUUUGACCUGAAUUUUGUCGAGAUAAUUGAAUUAUAGUGUUAUAGUUAA